AUGAUCUCCUCAUUGCUCCUGGCCUUCCUCUUCCUUGCUCCAGCUACAGUGGCCAUUCCCCGAGCUGACAGUUGGUGUCUGGCGUGUGGAGAACCCGCCUUCGACUUGGAUCACCAGCGGGAGCUGCUUCUUGAUCUGGCCAAGAGAAGCAUCUUGGACAAGCUGCACCUAAGCCAGCGCCCAACACUGAGCCGGCCUGUGUCCAGGGCUGCUCUGAGGACUGUGCUGCAGCGCCUCCAUGGGCUCCCGCGGGGGACACUUCUGGAGGCUGACAGGGAACAGGAAUAUGAGAUCAUCAGCUUUGCUGACGCAGGCCUUUCCAACAUCAACCAGACUCGUCUUGAUUUCCACUUCUUCUCUGAUAGAACUGUUAGUGGCAUGGAGAUCCAGCAGGCCAGCCUCAUGUUCUUUGUACAGCUCCCUCCCAAUACCACCACCUUGCCUUUGAAGCUGAAGAUCCUUGUGCUAGGCUCACAUGACACCAACCUCACCUGGGCUGCUCAGCAACUGCUGGAGGUGGAUGCCAGUGGCUGGCACCAGCUCUUGCUGGGGCCUGAAGCUCAGGCUGCCUUCAGCCAAGGGCACUUGACCCUGGAGCUGGUAUCUGAAGGCCAAGGAGCCCAGAGCUCAGUCAUACUGGGUGGGGCUGCCCAGAGGCCUUUUUUGGCAGCCAAGGUGAAAGUUGGGGGCAAACACCGGCUUCACCGGCGAGGCAUCGACUGCCAGGGUGGGUCGAGGAUGUGCUGCCGACGAGAGUUCUUUGUGGACUUCCGUGAGAUUGGCUGGCACGACUGGAUCAUCCAGCCUGAGGGCUAUGCAAUGAACUUCUGCACUGGGCAGUGCCCACUGCAUGUAGCAGGCAUGCCUGGCAUUGCUGCCUCCUUUCACACUGCGGUGCUCAAUCUUCUCAAGGCCAACACAGCUGCUGGCACUGCUGGAGGGGGCUCAUGCUGUGUGCCCACGGCCCGGCGCCCCCUAUCUCUGCUCUACUAUGACAGGGACAGCAACAUUGUCAAGACGGACAUACCUGACAUGGUGGUAGAGGCCUGUGGGUGCAGUUAGUCCAUGUGUGGUAUGGACAGCCCAAGGUGGGGUAGGCAAACAUGCCCUCACAGAAGGGUUGACCCCAUUACUGUCUCUAUCCAGAAGGAGAGCUCCCUCUUCCUGAGCAACCUAUGGAAAUUAUGCCAACUGUGACUUAAGGAGAUCUUCAUCCAAAGAAAGUCACUGUGCCAUCAUCAUGACCACCAGUCUCUCUCCUCAGGCUGAGUCUAUCCAGAAAGCCCCACAGGCUCUACUGCCACCUCCAAGACUGAUCCACCUGCAACCCUGGGCAGUGCCAUCUAGUUCCUAGGCUAAAAUACCCAUAGCUUAUCCCAUAACCCACUUUACUUCCCCACUCUUCCCAGUUGAUGGCUGUCACUCCAGGAGGAGUUGACCGAGCCCCUUCCCUAAUUUUCUGGAUUACGAGAGAGCCUUUUCCUUGGAUUCA